AUUAGAUAGAAAGAAAGAAAGAAAGAAAAAGAAAAAAAACAGGGCUUCUAGUUUUCGGCAGUAGGGCUGGUCUGAGUUACCCAGCCUGCUGUAAGCAGAAAAGGAACUCUGUGCUUUGUGCUUCAUCCAGACCUCUUCUCCCUUCUCCCCACCCUCAGCAUACUCCGGAAAGCUCUAGAUAAGAUAGCGGAAAUCAAGUCCCUGUUGGAAGAAAGGCGGAUUGCGGCCAAGAUUGCGGGCCUGUACAAUGACUCGGAACCCCCUCGGAAGACCAUGCGCAGGGGCGUGCUGAUGACCCUGCUGCAGCAGUCCGCCAUGACCCUGCCCCUGUGGAUCGGGAAGCCUGGUGACAAGCCCCCACCCCUCUGUGGAGCCAUUCCAGCCUCUGGGGACUACGUGGCCAAACCUGGGGACAAGGUGGCCGCCCGGGUAAAGGCUGUGGACGGGGAUGAGCAGUGGAUCCUGGCCGAGGUGGUCAGUUACAGCCAUGCCACCAACAAGUAUGAGGUAGAUGACAUUGAUGAAGAAGGCAAAGAGAGACAUACCCUGAGCCGGCGGCGCAUCAUCCCACUGCCUCAGUGGAAAGCCAACCCGGAGACGGAUCCUGAAGCCUUAUUUCAGAAGGAGCAGCUCGUGCUGGCCCUGUAUCCCCAGACCACGUGCUUCUACCGUGCCCUGAUCCACACGCCCCCACAACGGCCCCAGGAUGACUAUUCAGUCCUGUUUGAAGACACCUCCUAUGCAGAUGGUUACUCCCCUCCCCUCAAUGUGGCCCAGAGGUACGUGGUGGCUUGUAAGGAGCCCAAGAAAAAGUGAAGUGGGCUGGCAGACUCACGGUCUCCUGCCACCCUCAUAGGGGAAUGCAACAAAAGGUUUUGUGUUAAAUAAAUAUUGUUCCCCUUUG